AUGGGGAAGUCUUGGAAGGAAACAAGGCUGAGGUUGUAUGACCGUUUUUAUGAGCCAACAUUCACAACUGAACAAAAUCUUGAGAAUCGCCCGCCGGGAAUUGAUCGAGAGCAUUGGAGAUGGUUCCUUGACUAUCGCGCCGAACCUGAGACGAAGGGGAAGUGCAAGAAAAACGUGGUCAAUCGAUCAAAACAACAGUAUACCCACACUGGCAGCUCGAAAAGCUUCGCACGGCGGAUAGAAGAAGAGUCGGAAGAACAAGGAAGGAUAGUCGGUAGAGGAGAGCUGUGGAUCAAAGUGCACAAGAAAAAGGAUGGCUCAUAUAUCAAUGAUGAAGCAAGAGCAAUUGGUGAAAAAAUUGAGGAGAUUGAGCAACAGGAUGAGUCUUCCAGAAUGUUGUCUCAAAAUGAUUCCAUUGCUCAGGUUUUUGGAAAAGAGAAACCGGGUAGAGUACGUGGUGUGGGUUUUGGACCAACUCCUAGCCAACUCUUCGGUCCGAAUUCACAUGCGUCUGGCAACGGAGUCCAACAAGAAGAGACCCAGAGGAAGCUGCUUGAACUGCAGGCAGAGUUGGAAGGCGAGAAGUUGAAGAGAAAGGCGAUGGAGGAUGAGGCAGCAUCAGAUAAGAAAAAGAUGAAGGCGAUGGAGAGCGCUCUGAUUUAUUUGUUUCAACGGCAGGGUGAGGAGCUUCCCCCAGAAAUCGCUGCAGGGACGGGUUUCGUGGAAUGA